UGUAGUCUGACAUGUCGGAGCAUCCUUUGGGAGCGGUGUCACGGUCCGGGAUGCCGAGGCCCGGAGUGGUGCGGCCCGUUGGGGCGGAGGCCCUGGUGGUCCUGCUGGAGGGGGGGCUGGACCGCGUGGUCCUGAUCGACAGCCGGCCCUUCGUGGACUUCAACACCUCCCACAUCCUGGAGGCCGUGAACGUGAACUGCUCCAAGCUGAUGAAGAGGAGGCUGCAGCAGGACAAAGUCCAGAUCCAGGAGCUGCUGCAGCACUCGUCCAAGAAGAAGUUGGAGCUGCAGGGGGACCAGGAGGUCGUUGUUUACGAUCAGAGUUCUUCAGAUCCGUCUUCUCUGAGCUCCGAGUCGUUCCUCAGCGUCCUGCUGCUGAAACUGGAGAGGAGCUUCCCCUCCGUCCACCUGCUCUCAGGUGGGUUCUCCGAGUUCUCCUGCCUGUUCCCCGGUCUGUGUGAAGGGAAGUCCUCUCUGGUUCCCUCCUGCAUGUCUCAGCCCUGUCUGCCGGUCACCAGCACCGGGCCGACCCGCAUCCUACCUCACCUGUACCUGGGCUGCCAGAGAGACGUCCUCAACCAGGAUCUGAUGCAGCAGAACGACAUUGUCUACGUCCUAAACGCCAGUAACACCUGCCCCAAACCGGACUUCAUCCCGGAGUCCCACUUCCUGAGAGUCCCCGUCAACGACUCGUUCUGUGAGAAGAUCUUGCCCUGGUUGGACCGAUCCGUGGACUUCAUCGAGAAGGCCAAAGCCUGCAACGCUCGAGUCCUGGUCCACUGUCUGGCUGGAAUCUCCCGCUCUGCCACCAUCGCCAUCGCCUACAUCAUGAAGAGGAUGGACAUGCCGCUGGACGAGGCCUACAGGUUUGUGAAGGAGAAGAGACCGACCAUCUCUCCCAACUUUAACUUCCUGGGUCAGCUGCUGGACUUUGAGAAGAGGAUCAAGAGUCCUCCGGGUCCUGAGACCAGACCGAAGGCUCAUCCGGAGCCCAGCGGUGAGCUCCUCCCUCAGCCGGAGGACCAGGAUCCGGUCCCCGUGGGCCCCGGCCCGGCCCUCACGGAGCCCCUCACCCUGCCUUGCGUUCUGGCCAAUGCCCCCGAGGAGCGCCGGCUGGCCGAGGCUCUGAGCGGCCUGCAGCUCGCCGACGGACCUGAGGACAGCGCCCGGCUCAAGCGCUCCUUCUCUCUGGACAUCAAGUCGUACGGCGAGCCGGCGGGGAGCGCCCCCCACCGGGUCUUCGUCCCUCACGGAGGAUCGGGAGACUCCGAGUUCUUCAAACCGUCCGUCUUCAAAGAACCGACCAGUAAACCGUGCCAGUUCUCGCCGGUGGAGGAGGUGUCGGAGCAGUCCACUCCGGAGCAGAGCCCCGACAAGGAGGAGGUCGCUCCGCCGGUCUCCUCCGACUUCAUUAACCCUCCACCCGCUGCUCCCAACUGCUGGCACCCGUUGCAGCAGAGCGGCAGCGUGGAGGAGAACGCCGCCAGUUUCCUGUUCGGCCUCUCCCGCAGCCAACAGCACCUGGCCAGACCCGGAUCCGGCAGGGCCCUGAAGGGCUGGCACUCCGACAUCCUGCUGGGCCCCGUCUCCUCCUCCUCUCUGGCCGGCGGCUGGUACCUCUCCUCCGACUCCGCCGGCUUCUACUCCACCUCCACCAUCCUGAGCGGCGGCGGCGUAGCGGCCUACGGCUGCGGCCGCGGCCCGGAGGCGGUGCGGCGGCGCAGCCGGCAGAGGACGGGGGACCGCGGGGACUCGAGGAGGAGCUGGCACGAAGAGACCAGCUUCGAGAAGCAGCUGAAGAGACGCAGCUGUCACAUGGAGUUCGGAGACGGAAGGAUGGACAGCAGGUCCAGAGAGGAGAUGGGGACCGGCAGCAUGGAGGUCAUCCAGGUCUCCUGAUCCUGGUCCUGGACCAGUGUGACGUUCCUCCUGAACGGAGAGACAAGAGAGCUUUGAUGUUGCUAAGCUAACCGCUCAAAGACGUUUUAUUAACGCUUCACGAUUGUUGAGGAGCUGACUGUAAACAUCUGGACAUUAAUCACAAUAAACAAUUCAUCUUCAGUUGAUGUUUUGAUUUGAAUAAAAUCUUGUUUAUAAUAAAUAAAUAUCGUGAAAGCAG